AUGAAGCAGCGAAGGGUCCAUGUGCCUGCAGUUCUAGAUUGGCACAGUAUGGGACAAACCAGGUUAAUGGAGGGAAUUGAGCCAUACUUGGACAAGGCAUUCAAUAGCAUUCAUGGGUUGUUCGUUUGUAUGGGGUGGAGAAGGUUUUUUGAAAUUCAGAAAGUGGUGUAUAAGAAGUUAGUCAUUGAGCUUCUGGCCACGGUUUCUUUUGCACGAAAUGAAGGAAUAGUUGUUGAAGACAACCUUUCUUUUGCAUUGGUGGAGAAAGGCAAGCCUUUCUCUACACUACUUUAUAAGAGGGAAAAUGUCAUUGUUGAUCAUGGUAUGGGUGGUUUUUCCAUUCCUGACGAUACUCCAAGAGGCCGAGUCCCGAGGCGGGUAAGACAAAGAAGGGACCCUAAUGAAGAUGCACCACCUGUUGUACCAACCGAUGACAAGCUACCCAUGGAUCCCUAUAGCAUUUCCAGUAGGAGGUUUGAAGAUAACUUGGCAAGGACUGCCAACUACACCAACAUGAGCAUUGUUUACCCAUAUACACCAAGUUGGGAGAAACUAUGGAAAGAGCAACAAGGGGGAGUAGGCAGUGGUGGAGGAGGAGGGGAUGAUGGAGAUGACGAAGAAUGA